AUGGGAGUAUCAGAUGGUAGUUCUGACAGCGCUUUCAGAAAAGGUUGUGACAUGGGUGAAUUUUCAGGCUGCAUUAUCGGUAACAUCUUCUUUUUCGGAAUACUUGCAUAUGGGUGCCUUCCAAUUGUAGUGAUAGCAGCAGAUGUGUGGAGCGCCUUCAGGAAAAGGAAGCAUUGGAUUCCAGCAGACUCUCUGGUUCUGGGUGCUCUUGCUCUUCAAUUCGUCGCAAUCCUUAAAAUCUCUUUCGACUUUUCUUACGUUAGCGGCUAUUAUGGUGACCAGUUGUCAUCGGAAAUGUGUGACCUGUUGAGUACUUUUGCUAGUCAGGAGAUCCACGUUCUAAGUGGGAGAGUGAGCGUUUGUGUGUUAAUGGGUUGUUUGUUGCCAGGAGUUGCACGCCCUCUUUCCGCAUCUUUGUGGUCUGACAUGGCCGCGCUUAUCAUAAGCUCUUCAAUAUUUCUGUUCCAGGUUUCUUACGAAGCACAAAUGCUUCAGUCGGCAUUUCAGCAUAUAGACCAUUGCGAAAUAGGUAAGACCGAAUUUUAUUUGAUGCAAUUCGCAAACGCCAUAAUAAUAGUGUCAAUUAUAUUUCUGGUUCUUAUUUUGGGUUCUGGUGCUCUAGCCUCUGUCACUAUUCCUAAAAUUAUUUCUCCUAAAAUACCUGUAAUUUUUUCUCCUCCGAAUUUCCAUACACAAUUUGGAUGGGAAAAGGUGGAAGAACAAGUAACUAAAUCAUGGAUUGUGGUUCGCACUUCCGAUCCUCAAUAUAUAAUCACUAGAUCAUGUCUCAGUUCAUCCGUAGCGCUAAUCAUUAGCGCUUGCAAUGGAGUUUUGGUUUGUCAAAUAUUGGUCUUCAGAAAACAUUCAGGAAGGUAUAUGUGGAUACCAACAUAUAUUGAGAGCGGCCUCCGUGGUGUGGUCAUUGUGAUGGGUUCCCUUGUCAUAUACUGGAGAUGCAUCACUCAAGUGAUGUACUACCCAAAAACUUUGGAAUGGAGGUAUUCUAGUUUUUCACAAUAUUUUCAAAUUGAGGAUUUUUGGAAAACUCAUUUGUUGGGGUCGAUGCGUAGCUCCACAAGACAACGGCAGCUUGGUAGAAGUUGCCUACUUAAAAUAGUCAUAAAGCUGUGCAGGGUCAUGAGAUUCAAUAGGCUAUUACAUGUGCUUUAUUGGCUUCAGAUGUUUUCCAUUCUGUUUAGCAAAUUUUGUUGUUUAUUAUCACAACUGCUAUUUUCCAACAAAUAUUUCGGCAAACUUAUCAUGGGUUCAGCAUAUGAAGAAUUUUCCAAUUUAUAUAGAUCAGAAAUUCAAUUAGGACAAUUUCUUGACUACAGUAGAUACUUGAAGGCACUGGUAAAUAUGCAGGGCGAAAAUUCUGCCGGAUUAUGGGUAGCCAACAGAAAAUCAAUUAGUCAAGUAAAGAAGCAGAUGGAAAAGGGGGAAGAAGAGGGGAAGCAAUGUGGUGACUUAAUAUCUCUGAUUAGGGAAAAGUCUUCACCAGAUUUGCGCGGUGAAAAAUGUGUGAAACCCCAAAAUGAUCCCCUCAAUAGAUUACAAGUGGAAAGAGAGUUGGAUGUUCGCAAGUUCUCUUGGAAAAUGUCAGCAAUCUCGAUAAUUGCAGUAAUCAUCGAACUUUCUGCAUUUACUCAUGACGAGGCCGAGGCCAAAAUUAUGUUAAAGAGAGGCAUUGAAGCUUGCUCUCAAGCAUGGAAUAUCAUGGAGGUCGUGGAAAAUAAUGCCAUAGAAACAGUUGAACUUAGCAUAGAAGCUGAUGAAAUCUUCGAACGUCUACAGAAAAAACACAAAUGGCUUGAAUACAGUCUUCCACUGAGCAGGCCUGUUGACAAGUCCCCUGCAGCCGCAAAAGCAGCAAUCCAGAAUCUUGUUGAGAAGGGCAAAGAAAUAGCUAAUCAGUACUGCUCGAGCAAGCCCAGUGAGGCAAUUGCAGGUUACAGCCUCUACAGGAUAGGAAGGGUAAGCAUGGAUCAAGAGCAUCAGUUUAAUAGUGUUGGUGAAAUUUGUGAUAGAAUGUGUAGAAUGUUGGCAGAUGUGAUGGGGUCCUGCUGUGUAAAGGCGGCUGGUGUAAUAAUGGAGGAUUGCAAGAAACUGGCGAGUAUGUCCGAUGAAGAAAACAUUUUGAGAAUUGCAAGAGUAGCGGGGAGAGGGAAGGGAGUGACUGAAAGUGUUGGGUGGACUUUAAAAUGGAGCUCAGAUGCAGAAAGCACCUCCAUUAACACCUCACUGGCAACAGAGGAAGCUCCCGCUGUUAGAAGGUAUCACACUUUUCAGAUCGGAUAG